CAGGCAGGAGGGAGGAGAGCUCCUCUCCAGCUAGCCCUUGGGAUGGGAGUGAACUCGGCCCCUCUCCUCAAGCAGGGCGGUUCUCGUCCCCUCACAGGGGCCGCGAAGGGGUGUGCGACCACGGCAAGGAUGGCCGUAGGGGUGUCAGAUAAUCUUUCCCCCCGCCCUCGAACCUUUAACGCCGCAAGAGGAGCCGGAGUCCGGUGCCCUCCCAAAUUGGGGCUGCGGCGAGGGGCCCGCAUCUCUGAGGCUGCAGCUGCAGAGAUUUUGCAGUUGGCUUUAAAAAUAAAACAAACGCAGGCUUUCCUGCCCCUUAGCUUUUUGAGCGUGCCCCCAGCGAAGUGGGAACUGCGGAUCUCCUUGGUUGAGACAGCAAUCCACGUUGUGACUGUGAAAGGCUUCUGCUGUCAAGUGGAAUGUCAUGGCCAGCUCCUCGGACAGUGAAGAUGACAGUUUCAUGGCUGUGGACCAAGAAGAAACUGUGCUGGAAGGGACAAUGGAGCAAGAUGAGGAGCCCCACCCAGUAUUGGACGUUGAGGAGACUACACAUAAUAGGUCCAUGUCUGAGCUGCCAGAAGAGGUUUUGGAGUAUAUCCUGUCAUUUCUUUCGCCGUACCAGGAACACAAAACUGCAGCCCUUGUCUGCAAACAGUGGUAUCGACUUAUCAAAGGUGUAGCCCACCAAUGUUAUCAUGGUUUCAUAAAGGCUGUCCAGGAAGGAAACAUUCAGUGGGAGAGUCGGACUUACCCUUAUCCUGGAACCCCAAUCACUCAGCGGUUCUCACACAGUGCAUGCUAUUAUGAUGCUAAUCAGUCUAUGUAUGUGUUUGGAGGCUGUACCCAGAGCAGCUGCAAUGCUGCCUUUAAUGACCUCUGGAGACUUGACUUAAAUAGCAAAGAGUGGAUCCGACCUUUGGCUUCAGGGUCCUAUCCUUCCCCCAAAGCUGGAGCGACUCUGGUUGUGUACAAGGAUCUGCUGGUGCUGUUUGGUGGCUGGACACGGCCAAGCCCUUAUCCCCUACACCAACCAGAGAGAUUCUUUGAUGAAAUACACACUUACUCACCCUCUAAAAACUGGUGGAACUGCAUUGUGACAACCCAUGGGCCACCUCCUAUGGCCGGCCAUUCCUCCUGUGUGAUAGAUGAUAAAAUGAUUGUCUUUGGUGGCUCCUUAGGAUCCCGGCAAAUGAGCAACGAUGUCUGGGUCCUUGACCUCGAGCAGUGGGCAUGGUCCAAGCCGAACAUCUCUGGCCCUAGUCCUCAUCCUCGAGGUGGCCAAUCUCAGAUUGUCAUAGAUGAUGCAACUAUUUUAAUCCUUGGAGGGUGUGGUGGUCCCAAUGCUCUGUUCAAAGAUGCUUGGUUGUUGCACAUGCACUCAGGUCCCUGGGCCUGGCAGCCACUCAAGGUAGAAAAUGAAGAUCAUGGAGCCCCAGAACUGUGGUGCCAUCCAGCUUGCCGGGUGGGGCAGUGUGUGGUGGUCUUCAGCCAGGCUCCUAGUGGGAGAGCCCCACUCAGCCCCAGUUUGAACUCGCGCCCAUCACCUAUCAGUGCCACUCCUCCAGCCCUGGUUCCCGAAGCCCGAGAGUACCGCUCUCAGUCUCCAGUAAGGAGUAUGGAUGAAGCUCCUUGUGUUAAUGGCCGCUGGGGAACACUGAGGCCCAGAGCUCAAAGGCAGACCCCCUCAAGUUCCCGGGAAGGGAGCCUUUCCCCGGCCAGAGGAGAUGGCUCUCCCAUUCUCAAUGGUGGGAGUUUAUCUCCAGGAACAGCAGCUGUAGGUGGCUCUUCCUUGGACAGCCCUUUACAGGCCAUAUCUCCUAGCACUCCAUCUACCACUGAAGGAUAUGACCUAAAAAUGGGACUUUCUGUGGCCCCCCGACGAGGGUCACUACCAGAUCAGAAAGAUCUGAGAUUAGGAUCAAUAGAUCUAAGUUGGGAUCUGAAACCCACUUCCAAUAUGGAUGGUGUGGACAACAGGACAGUUGGGGGAAGUAUGAGACACCCUCCUGAACAGACAAAUGGUGUGCAUACCCCACCACAUGUUGCCAGUGCCCUUGCAGGAGCCGUGUCCCCAAGUGCUCUGCGUCGGAGCCUAGAAGCCAUCAAAGCAAUGUCGUCCAAAGGCCCCUCAGCUUCUGCAGCACUAAGUCCUCCUCUGGGGUCUUCUCCAGGCUCUCCUGGGAGCCAGAACCUGAGCAGUGGAGAAACAGUGCCCGUUCCCCGCUCGGGGCCUGCCCAAGGAGAUGGACAUUCCUUACCUCCUAUUGCCCGCCGCCUGGGCCACCACCCUCCACAGUCCUUAAAUGUUGGCAAACCGUUGUACCAGAGUAUGAACUGCAAGCCCAUGCAGAUGUAUGUGCUGGACAUUAAAGACACCAAGGAGAAGGGGAGGGUCAAAUGGAAAGUAUUUAAUAGCAGUUCUGUGGUCGGACCUCCUGAAACCAGCCUGCAUACAGUGGUGCAAGGCAGGGGUGAACUCAUCAUAUUUGGAGGACUCAUGGACAAGAAACAGAAUGUGAAGUACUAUCCAAAAACAAACGCCUUGUACUUUGUGCGAGCAAAGAGAUAAUAUGUUCUAAAUCC